GAUCUAUGUUGGCCUCAAAGCCAUGUCCAUAAUCAUGUAGAAAUCAAUGACAUGACGCAGAUUAUUCAAUGGAGAUCAUUUUCAGGUCUAAAGAGAAGACUGGCAAUGUCUAUGCUCACUGGGCAAACGUCUCUUUAGUCCAAAGAUAAAGGAGCUUACUCAUGAGGCACCACCAUUUCCAGAAGCACCCACAUUUCCUGGUUUUCUGAUCACUUUUUGAUGAAAUAUGAACUUUCCUAAAUGGUCAAUUAUUACUGCUUGGAACAAGUUUCAGCAAGAUGCUACUUCAAGAUUUAGUAUGCAUCCAAGUUAAGUACCAGAGGUUUGGAAGAAUCUGAAGCAAUACUAUAAUAGAUUCAUACCUAUCCACUAUGAUUAACAUAUGGAAAGGGAUAGAUGAGAACAAUGUCAUGGAUGUGGCUAAGCAACAGCACAGCAAAGAUCUGAAAUUAAGAGAUUCAUUUUGUUAUUCUUUUACAUCAAGAAAAGAGAAAGAAAGGAGGAGCAUAACAGCAGACUUGAGCUGAAAUCCAAUUGGUUGCACUUGGCAUAGGUGAUGCUAAAGAAAUCAAAUAAGAUCUUCCAAACCAGAAUGACCUUAAAACAAAGGUUGUCAUGGAUUAGGAGAACCUCCUUUACACUUCAAAAGGGCUGGAGGAGUAUAAUUCUACAAUUUUUUUUGUCCAGAAGACUUGGCAGCACUACUUGCCUAAUUAUCCAUUUGCUCCAGUUUAGAGAAGCCUAUAUAGAUGCAAACAUUUCAGUCAUCAUUUACUAAUCAUUCACUUUGGAGAAAGUGAGCCACCGAUUGCAUCAUCACACUUAAAUUGAAAGCUCUGUUCACCAGAUAAAAUAAGCCAACAUUUCUCAGUACCUCUCUCUGUCUUCCUUCUCUGUCAUAUGUUCAUCUCCCAACUUCCACCAAUAAUGGCGCCUCUUCCUCAGGUGCGCAUAGCCACAGACCUCAUGCUUUAAACCCAUAAUGCUACGAUCCAUCAUCAUGUUCCUUUGCUACACCAUCAACACCCUGACAUAAAUAUCUAAAUGCUUGUCACUGUUGACCAACCAGCACCAGGUUUAAUGGCUACAGCACCAGGUAGCUGUGAUGUAAUUGGAGGGUCCUGCAUUUGUACAUCACUGUUUGAUCACCACCAGAGAGCCAUAAUGGUGAACAACACAUACACAAAAACCAUGCAUGCAUCAUCAUGCAUGUCUGCUCUGCCUAUCCUGCAGAGGAACUCUGUGGAGUGGACUAUAAAUUGACUUACCAGACUUCAAGCUUUCCUCCCCUUCCCUUGCACAUCUGCUUGCAGCAUCUCUUUCCUCCUUGGAGCAUUGUAACCAUGCAUCCUGGGGAGGUCGCCAGCAUUUCACCUUCACUCCGAGCCCAUUACAACAUGCCUCAGAACGAUGUUACCUCCUCCCACUUCGGCACUCUGUUCGGGCCUUAUCUCACGCAACAGCUCCAGGCAAAGCCAUUGAUGCAUGGCUUCGGUCUUCCAGGUUCCUUCCUUGACGGCAGUACGACUUCGGAUGAGGCAGGUGGGCGCCAACUGAGCCUGGCAGAAGAGAGGCGGCAGAGGAGGAUGAUUUCCAACAGAGAGUCGGCCCGCCGGUCACGGAUGAGAAAGCAGAAGCACCUCAGUGAGCUGUGGUCACAGGUCAUCCACCUCCAGUCGGCAAACCGGCAGCUGCUCGACGAGCUAAACCGCGUGAUGAGGGAGCGUGAUCAGAUCGCCCUCGAGAACGACCGGCUCAGACACGAAGAAUCCGAGCUCCAAAAGAAACUCGAGAACGCACCCGUGGAGUCCUUUUGACGAGAAUCCUUGAGACGACUGCAUGCACUGGAUUGGUUCGACGAGGGGGAUGCUUUUUUUUUUGGUGUUCUUCUUCCUAAUUCUUAGUCUCUUUCAUAGAAUUCCAAGCUGCACGCAGACAUUAAUUUCAUCAAAAACUGAGCUUUUCUU